AUGCAUUCUCGUGUAUGUGUCCCGUAUGCGUCACAGAAAGGUGACAUCAAGUCUGUUUUUCGUUUGGUGAAGGAAUUGAGUAGAAAGAGGAAGUGGACUCCACGUAGUGACGUCAUCAACGAUAAAGAAGGUAACAUCCUGACAGAAGAAGAGAAUAUCAAAGCUAAAUGGAUGGAAUACAGCACCGAUUUGUAUAGAAGGAGGCAGGAAGAUCGCCCCGCUGAACUCGCUGUAGCCGAAGACAGAGAACUGGAACCUCUCAAAGAAGAAGUGAGGCAGGCGCUGUACCAUACCAAGAACGGGAAAAGCCCUGGUGUGGAUGAACUUCCCAUCGAGAUAUGGAAGGUGAAGGGAGAUAUUGGGAUAGAGCUGUUGUGGAGUUUGUGUGUCAAGGUCUGGAACGACGUGGAGUGGACGAUCAACUGGGGUCAUGCAGUCUUCGUACCAAUACCAAAGAAAUGCAACCCACGCGAGUGCUCUAACCACCGAACCAUCAGUCUUAUUGUCCACACAAGCAAGAUCCUGCUGCGAAUCAUUGUAGGUAGACUGCAGCGGAAAUAUAAUAGCGUCAUCGCUGAGGAACGAGCCGGCUUCGUCAAGGGCAGAGGAACAAGGAACAGAUAG